AUGUCGUUCUUCUCGGGCUUUUACACUCGUCUGUCCGGCUCUUUCACGAAGCCGUCUGAGGCUGAAGGCGACGAUAUCACUGUCGCUCACGUGCCUCAGCCAGACUCGGUGGGCGAGAACGAUGCAUCAAGCCGCACUUUAUCUUCCGACGACGACCAAGGGGACGUCGACACUCCCGAGAAGACUCAUAUCUCAUCACGAUCACAUGUACCGCCGACACCAUCUUUCGCGCCUCCAGCCACUCCGUUUGCAGGACAGUCUUCGCCCAUAGUCAACCGAGCAGCAGCAGAACAACUCAUGCGCGAGGCCGGCGCUUCUGCUCCAACUCCCGCUCUCAAGGCCACACCCUUCUUCGGCGUCUUCGCUCCCCCUCAGACGCCUGCUGCGCGCAAUCUGUCUCCUGUCAGAGCACAGGCCGCCGAAGAGCAGCUUAAGCGGGAGAUGCUAGGAGAUGUGCCCGAAACACCUGCUACUGUUCAGCCCGGAACAAGAGCUACUCCCAUGACACAAUACAAGACUCCCGCCAUGUCGCACUCCACUCCAACCGACUUCUCUACAGGACAGUCUGCUGCAAUAGACGCUUUCCAGACUCCCUCGAUCGCGCCCGCCAGGCGCCAACGUCAAACCCAGUCGCCAAUCCAUGAAGAGUCGGAGAUUCUCAUUGCACAUGUUGAGCACGAGCCACAGUCUUCCGCAACGCCUGAAGUUGAGCAAGAGGAGGAUGCGGCAGAGGAAUCAGAGGCUUCGGCAGCAUCAUCACCUCACGCGAUUGUUGAUGUGGAUGUGUCUUCGGCAGAUGAGAAGGAUACUUCCACUACUUCGAUCGAGUCCAGCGAUUCGGAGAAGGCCCGCACAAUCGUCAUUACCACAAACAAAGGUCGUAGAAACCAACGACGCACCACCCAACGCCUCACAUGGCGAAGCCUCGAUGACAGGAAAUCAAGAGUGCAAAAGGCAACAAGGCCAGGAGUGGGUAGAAGUGUCAGCGGCAGAGAAGAGCUUUUGAACAGAGCCCGCAAGCGUUUCUAUCAUCGCAAGGGGGAUACGACUAAACUUUUCUGA